AUGGCAGCAGCGUCUGGCAGCGGUGCCGAUCAACGUACCCCUGAGGAGGCAACAGAGCCUCCAUCUCGUCCUUCGCUAAGCGAUGAACAGCGGCAGGUUCAGUGCCAGAAGAUAUACUCACCCAUCUCUGAUUGGGAGACACGGCUUCUCUUCCUUCUACCUGGUGAAGGAAACGACCCACUGGAAGCGAAUCUUCGCCCAGCUGCUCUGACGUACCAUGAGGAAGGCGUGGGAGUGUCCGGAGUCAAAGGAAAGACAAGCUAUGAAGCCUUGUCGUAUACUUGGGGAGAGCCGAAGUUCACGCAUCCUAUCACCAUCAACGGUCGUGACUUUAGCAUCACCGAGAAUUUGCACGGAGCGCUGAUACACCUGCGGUAUCUGGAAAAGCCACGCCCUGUUUGGGUGGAUGCGCUCUGUAUAAAUCAAUUGGACCUUGGCGAAAAGGCCUUCCAAAUCGCUCAGAUGCUCCGCAUUUAUCGUCGGGCAAAGGAAGUUGUUGUGUGGCUCGGGGAUGCGACUCCUUCAACGUUGGUCGCAUUGAAUCACCUGCACAAGGAUCGGGCAUAUUUCACAAACUGCCCUAAGCGCGAAUUGUUGGAAACCUGCGCAGCAUUCCAUGACUUGCUCAUUCGCCCGUGGCUGCGACGGACGUGGGUUGUUCAAGAAGUGUUUGCAGCAGCUGUAAUCAAUGUGCACGUGGGCACGCAUAAAAUCAGCUGGAGCGACUUUACCUGGAUCGGCCGUCAGUGGGAACACUUCCGCACGAAGCAGGUUCUCGCCCAACUGACUGACUUCGAAACAUGGUACGGAGGAGCUGGACUUGACAUACUGUUCGAUAAACCACUCGACAAGCCGCUCGACAGACUGGAGAGAAUCCGACAUCCCACUAUAGGACUCGACGGCCGGCUUGGAGAUAAACUGCUGAAUCUGCUAGAGCACGCCAACUAUGCCACUGCGACAGAUCCUAGAGAUGCAAUAUAUGCUUUGCAGGGCAUCUUGACAUCCAGUCCUGAUUACCCCUCUGGUGACACUUUACGCUACGAUGCGGCCCUGUGCAUCGACUACACAUCCACCGUUGCGGAGGUGUACACGAAUGUGGCUGUCAUGAUACUGAACGCACGGCAAGACUUCACGCUGCUCUACGAGUUAGAAGACCUGGCCGUUGGUACUGGACGUUCGAACGAUGACCUGGACCUUCCCAGCUGGGUGCCCAACUGGCGCCAUUACACUCGCAAUACGCAGCGCUCUGCUGUGGCAGUGGGUUCACCAUGGCGAGAUUACUAUCUAUUCUACAACACCCAUCAGUGGAAAAAGCAGGCCGGGCCCGUGUUGCGAUUGAACGGCCUAAGGCUCGCUGAAGUCCAGCAUGUGCUCAAGGUAAAGCGAUCGGAGCGCACAAGCGCUACGUACUCCUCCUGGCGCCGGCUCGCCGUCUGCAGAUUUUAUCCCGGACUACGAUGGUAUUUGCGAUCGGUGUACAGAACCGUAUACGGCGUUGAUAGCAACUACACCACCACGGAGAACGGCCUAUCAACGACCGCGACGAACGUACUCGUCAGUACCAACCGCGGCUUUGCAGAGGAGAGCGUGUUCUUCGGAGAUGAUCGCUUUCUGCUGUGGUUGCGCGCAGAGCUCAUCUGGUAUGUGCCGAAAGAUACCCGGCCCGGCGAUCUGAUUGUGUCCUGCUGUGAAGGCUGGCCGUUGGUGUUGCGUCGAAGAGACCAGGGUGGAUGGGUCUUGGUUGGGUAUUACAAGAUACGGGUGAACGACAGUACCGAUCCGCUGUCGGUCAGCCUCCAGCGACUGGCCGCGCUGUUUCAAGAAAUAUACAAGUGGGCGUCGCAGCGGGACUUUGAGCAGUUGCAGGUCUUCUGA